AUGUUACCAUUCAAUAUUCACACGGUUCCCAGCAUUCAGAUGGAGUCCAACGGAAACUCAUUUAUGUGUGUCUGUCCCAGAACAGAAUAUGAGUGCUUAGAGGUUUUGGCGCAGACGAUCAGAGAAAAAACUACAUUCCGCAGAAGUAUUUUGAUAUGUCAGCAAGUUUCUGAGGCCAAACAUUUGCAAAGGGCGCUCGGCGGACGAUCUAUCACCACAAUCUUCCUGGAUGAUAAGGACCAAAUGUUCCAACGGAUUUAUGAUAACCAAGUUAACCGAUACGUAUCUAUAGUUAUUUGCUAUGACAUGCUUAAGUUUCUUGAUAAAAUCGAGGUGAACUUAGUUGCAAGAAUUGUAAUGAGAUUGAAACUGCAUAAGGCUUUUAAUAAUUUUGAUGUCCCUCCUCCUCGUCUGGAUCCUCUGGAUCUCCUUAAAAGUGAUCUACAAACGAUGGCCGAACAAUAUGUCCAUACUUCAGGCGGAAAAACAUAUUUUAGAUUUGGGAUUCUGGCCUGGAGUCACCACCGGGUCGUCCCGUGUAACAAUAUUGAUGGAGUUCCGAGUAUAAGUACCGGCAUCAAGGAUACCAUUCGCCAAUACCAAGCUCGGGCCGUCCAAAAAUGGACCUGGCCCUCGGGGAAAUCGUUGAUCGUCGUGGGCAAUAUGCUGACUGGCAAGACAAGGAGCUACCUAUCCAUUUUGUGACAACAACCUACCAGCAUCUUCGUGUGUUCAAGCAAAAUACAGGGUAAUCAAAUUGCCCUUUGGAUGGACACACUCCUUCGUUCACUGGGCAAUGUAGGUGCACUGGAACGAGUGAUAACCCUCUUUAAGAAGGGCAAUUUAGCAGACUUCAAAUGUCGUCUUAAGCAACCAAUUGGGAUCCUGCUGACUACCGUCGACGUACUAUUUCAACUGCUGUCGUUUCACUCGAAGAAGCCCAUUUUUGAUGCCGAAUCAGUGAAGUGCAUAGCCUUGGAUGACAUAGAUGACCUAGUACGUGUGCUUCCGAACGUCACAUUGAAGCUCAAGUUGUUGCCCAAAAUGUUUCAGUUCACUCAGAAAAGAUGCCAACUCUUUGUCUCCGGACGCACCUGGCAUAAGGAUUUGAUGAUGCAGCACAUCCUGCCCUUGGUACCCGAUGUCCUCAUCCUCUUCAGCGACGCCUUGGAGGCCAGUGUCUUUGGUGGUGUUAAACUGGACAAUUGCAUAGUUUCGAAUGUGGACAACCUUUGA